AUGCCUGCUCGAAUCCUUCCCACCUUCACCCGCGCCGAGGUCGAAGCGCACAACACAGAGGGAUCCUGCUAUGUUACCAUCGGCGACAAGGUCUACGACAUCACCGACUUCGUUCAGGACCACCCUGGCGGACCCGAGUUUGUGCUCGAAUACGCAGGAAAGGAUGUCGAGGAAAUCCUCAAGGACGAGGUCUCCCACACCCACUCUGACUCGGCCUACGAGAUUCUUGACGAAAGCCUCGUCGGUUUCGUCGUGAACGAGAAGUCCGUCAACGGUUCAGCCACCAAGACGAAUGGCGUCGCAACCGGGUCCGAGGCGAGGGACAGCAAUGGCGAAUGGGUUCACCCUCGGACUGGCAUGUCGCGCGAGGAGGACUUGAGCAAGGACACCGACUACAACUCGGACUUCAAGACGCACAAGUUCCUCGACCUCAGCCGGCCACUGUUUCCCCAGAUCUGGUUCGGCGGAUUCGACAAGGACUUCUACCUCGACCAGGUCCACCGCCCGAGACACUACAAGGGCGGUGCCUCUGCACCCCUAUUUGGAAACUUCCUCGAGCCUCUUUCGAAGACGCCGUGGUGGGUGAUCCCGACCAUCUGGCUGCCUCCCGUCAUUUACGGCACCAUCCUGUCGCGAGAAGGCCUCAGCAGCCCUCUCGACGUCGCCAUGCAUUUUAUUGGAGGCUUCUUCCUCUGGAGUCUGCUGGAAUACGUCCUCCACCGGUUCCUCUUCCACCUCGAUGAUUACCUCCCCAACAACCGCGUCGGCAUCACCGCACACUUCCUGCUUCACGGCAUCCACCACUACCUGCCCAUGGACAAGUACCGCCUGGUCAUGCCGCCGACCCUGUUCGUCGUUCUUGCGACGCCAUUCUGGAAGCUGGCCCGCAUUGUCUUUGCCUACAACUGGUACGCCGGCGCCGCCGUGUACUGCGGAGGCAUCUUUGGCUACAUCUGCUACGACCUCACGCACUACUUCCUCCAUCACCAGAAUCUCCCGCUCUGGUACAAGGAUUUGAAGAAGUACCACCUCCAGCACCACUUCCUCGACUACGAGCUCGGCUUUGGCGUCACGAGCAAGUUCUGGGACCGCGUCUUCGGAACCGAGCUGGUUCCUGUUGUCAAGACUGCCUGA